AUGUGGCCACCCAGUUCCAGCCUGUGGCUGGUCCUCGUACUCCUGGCCGGCUUAGCCAAGGGUCAAAGCAACAGUCGUGAGCGCUUUGAGGAUGCGGACAAGUCCAGCGAGUAUACGGAUCAGCAGUUUGACCUACGGCACACCAUACCCGGCGAGCCAGGCUUGGACUAUCCCAUCCUGAGUGCCCCGCCCAAGACCAGCUUUGUGUGCAAGGGAAGACAUGAAGGAUACUAUGCCGAUGUGGAGAGUCGUUGCCAGGCCUUCCGCAUAUGCGCCCACACCGCUCGCUCCCCUCAGGGUUUUGGCUUCCUCUGCCCCAAUGGCACUCUCUUCAGCCAGAAGAACUUUGUCUGCGAUUGGUAUCGCAAUGUGAAUUGCGAUGAGUCCGAGAGAUACUACGAAAUGAACGAGGAGAAGAUCGUGGGCAGCACCCACGAGAUGAUGGAGCGCGUGCGCCACAUGAUGGAAUAUCCCAUGAAGACCAUCUCGAAGGCCCUGCAGCAGAGUCAGUCCCAGUCACAGUCGCAGAAUCCACAUAACCAUCGCAGUCUCAGCAAGGAUCUGAGUGGAGCCAGUGGAGUACUGAGUGAGCCAGCGGCAGUGAUUAAGACACAGGAAAGCACCGCUUCGGUGGGUCGUGGAGAAGCCGUCAAGAGCGAGCCUCUAGGUGCUGUCAAAGUGGAGAACAACGGGGAUGAGGAUGAGGGCGUCUAUGUCAACAGCUUGGGUGAGCUUUCCUCAGACCCGGGCAUCCAGUUUGAUCACACCAACGCCCAUAUAAUAGCGGAGUACCCCAGGGAGUAUCACUACCAAAAGCAGAAGAACUUUGCGGAACGUGUGAAUGCCGGAUUGGAUGUCCUGACCGAUACGGACUCCACAUCCUCAGGAGAGGUAAUGGCUCCAGACUACAUCAAGCACCAAGUACUGAGAAAUACAAAGGAGGAGGCCGUUCAACUAGAUCUAGUAUCGAAUAUCAAUAAUCUGCUGGACGAGGUAUCCACCGAUGUGGAUCCCGCCGUUUCCGGUUACCAAUCGAUGGCUCCGCCCAAGGUCAAGCAGCCCUUCCGCUUCCUCAGUCGCGGAUUUGCGAUGCACGGUGAGAAUGGCAAGGGAAGCAGCUCCGCCACGGGUUACGGCUAUGUCAAACCCAAGCAGACGCCCAGCACUAUCAGAUUUACGCCCAAUGAGAUUCCCUCUGAGGCUCACAAGUCCAUUGAGCAUAAACACAAGUUCUCCAAAUCAAGCAGCACCACGUCCACCACGGAAGCAGCCACCGAAGCAGUCGAGGCUCUGCUCAUUGCACCCACCUUGCCACCAGCAGAGGAUGAGGGGGUAACCAACACUCAGGCGCCAGAGAUUGCCUCCAGCACUGUCGCGGCACCUCUUACCUUGCUGGCUCCCCCACCAGAACUGGAUGUCACUGCGGAGGUACCGCCAAUUGAGUCCAUUGGACAGGCAGCUGCCCUGACCGCCAGUCUGCCCAUAAGUGAGGACCUAGCCGUGGUCCAGGAGGAAGAACAGAGUCCUAAAACGGCUGAGAAGAACGAUGUCCACCAGGAGGCGGCCAAGUUGCUGCUGGCUGGAGUUCAGCUCACUUCCCACGACGAAGAGAAUGCCUUGCAAACCAAUGAGUUGCUGGAAAGGAGCAGUAGCAGCAGCCCAGCUCCUACUACUAGUACUAGCACCACCCAGGCCAUGAUUACCUCGACGGAGACAGUCACAGAGAUCAGCAGCACACAGGAGAGGAUUCGUGGCUACCGGAAGAAUCGCCCUUCGGCCAUGUUGCGUCGGGCCAAUGUUCGUCCUUUGCCAAUAGUGCGAACCACAACGACGUCUACUACUCAGAGGAGCACCACGCCCACCAAGAGCUAUCUGGAGCGUCUGGCGGCCAGCAGGCUGCGUCUUUCAAAACUCUCUCAGGCCACCAGGAGCACCACGAAGGCCACAUCUGCAGCACCCAGCACUUCCACCACUCCGGCGGCUUCGAUGCCAACGACUACGGUGUCCUCCUUCUCGCAAGUUCGUAGCGGGGCAGAGCCCGGUCCCAACAAGAAACUGACAGUGCGCGACAUCGAUCGGGAGACCAAGAUAGCGCCGACCAGCAAGGCUAGCUGGGAGAGUGUCCACAGCAACCUGCAGCGUUUCCAGGUGCAGCGCGGCAAUCGUGUAUACACGCCGGCAACCAGGGCCUCGGCCUCCACCAGCAAUGGCAGCGUUAGGAGCACUGGCUACACCAGCUCCAUCAGCACCAGUACCACUCCCAGAAGCUAUGUGCCGGCCACUUCCCAGAGAUCCACUGUUCCCGUGAAUCGUGGCAAGAAUCGCUACUCCAACUUUAAGACCCAAGCUCCGGUGCAGAGAACCCGAGGAACCACCACUCCUAGGAGUACCACCCAACGGACAACCGCCUCGUCAUCGUCCUCUUCACUCUCAACGCUCAACCAACACAUCACGGCCCUGGCUUCGAACUACAACAGUGGCUACAGCUACAACCAGGCCC